AUGGGCCUGCUGAACUCUGCAGGAGUCGUGCCUCUACUCAUUGCCGCUUUGUACUUCAGCACGUGGCUCUUCCGUCUUGCUGGAAGAGCAGCUGGGUGGUAUUUGAUACGAAGAACGAAGGCACGCAGGAGAACCACCCUAGCCAAGGCCAAGAGUGAAGAGGAGGACCACCAUGAGAAAGAGCGCGUCUCGGUAAAAUCGGAAGACCCAGACUGGGUGGAAGUCGAGAGUCAGCCUGGUGGAUCAGCCACAAAUGGUGGACAGGCACCAGAAGACUGGGAUGGAACUGUCGGCUUCCUCCACCCAUUCUGCAAUGCUGGAGGCGGAGGUGAACGGGUCCUCUGGGCAGCCAUUAAAGCUACGCAGAAACGCUGGCCGAACGCCGUCUGCGUCGUCUAUACUGGGGAUCAUGACGCAACGAAAUCUACCAUCCUUAACAGGGUAGAGAACCGCUUCAACAUUCGCCUUCAUCCUCCUACGGUCGUCUUUCUCUACCUGCAGACUCGCUCAUGGGUUCUCAGCAGCACCUGGCCUCAUUUCACCCUCCUCGGUCAAAGCCUCGGCUCUCUCAUUAUGGGCUAUGAUGCGUUCUCUCUCGUCGUUCCUGACAUCUUCAUUGACACAAUGGGCUACUCCUUCACACUCGCAUUGAGCAAGUUUUUCUUCCCAAACAUACCAACAGGAGCCUACGUACACUAUCCAACGAUUUCUACAGACAUGCUCAGCUCUCUCAACGCCGAGAUAGGAAAAGGAGUCAACGCGGGCACAGGGAAGGGCAUCAGAGGCUUUGGCAAGCGCAAGUAUUGGCAGGCUUACGCCCAUCUCUACAGCAGAUCCGGCAGUGACGUGGACAUUGUUAUGACUAAUUCUUCAUGGACGCAAGCCCACAUUAAAUCGUUAUGGGGACCAUAUCGUGCAAAGCGCCGAAAGGUCCAUGCAGUCGAAGUUCUCUUCCCCCCUGUCGCCGUAGAAGAGCUAGAAGAAGCCAUUGAACUUGAAGGGCCCAAAGCCGUUUCGAGGCAGAAAUCACUGCUUUAUGUCGCCCAGUUCCGACCCGAAAAGAAUCACGACCUCAUCCUCCGUUCGUUCUCAAAGAUGCUCCAUUCACCCACAAAGCCAGGGAUGAACGGCGCAAAGCUGGUCCUCAUUGGUUCCGUGCGAGACAGUGACGAUGCCAAGAGGGUCUACCAGCUUCGCUUGCUCGCACACGAGCUGAAGAUUGAGGACGACACCCAGUUCGUCUGUGACGCAUCAUGGCCCGAAGUCCUCGACUGGCUACGGAAAAGCUGGGUGGGAGUCAACGGAAUGUGGAACGAACAUUUCGGUAUCGGUGUCGUGGAGUAUCAAGCAGCGGGACUGAUCUGCGUGGUCAAUGACAGUGGAGGGCCGAAGGCCGACAUCGUCGUUGACUUUGACGGGGGAGCUACCGGCUACCACGCAAGUACAGAGUCCGAGUACGCACAUCGCUUCGCGGAAGCGCUUUCGAUGUCGGAAGAAGCGACGUCGGCCAUGCGAAAGCGGGCUCGAGCCUCGAGCAAGCGCUUCACAGAGGAGGUGUUUGCGGCGAAGUGGGUGGAGCAGCUGGGGAAACUCAUGGAAAUACAGCGUUUGGCAUCCAGAUAG